AUGGCUGCUCAUCGUAUUAAUGAAGGAGUAUUGGAGAGCAAAAUGAAGUCAAAAAUAAUGGCGCAAAGAAAAUUUGCACAAGGUGCGAAUGUUCCACCUUCUAAUUCAACCACAAAUACAAUUGUAGAAAAGAGAACUACGGAUGUUAUGAAAGAGCCUAGGAAUGUUUUCUACAAUACCACCUCUGCAAAAACACUCCUUGAUAGGGCAGCUUUUGACAGUGUGCACCCACAUGAUGUUAUUGUUGUACGUUUGGAGAGACUAAAAGAUGAGGAUGUCAAUGUUGAAUCAGAUGCCGUAAAAGAUGAAGUUUCUGAGCCUGAUACUAAUUUAAAAUUAUCUAAAGAAACGGGCAGUGCCCGUAAUCUGUCAUCUAAAUCAAAAACUCUAAAUGUCACUGGUAGAAAGUCGCUUUUGAAAAAUUCGCACAGUAUGUUUUUAAGGUCAGGAGCCAGAAUUAACAGAAUUAAUAAUAACACUGGGAAAAGAUUAGCUACGAAGAGAAGGAUGCCAAAUAAGCAGUUACCAAUGAAGAAACGACGUAUAAGGCUAAGCCGUAAAAAUUCUAACCAAACUCCCAUGUCUUGGAGAUUAACUUCCACCGACACCGAUUUUUCAGUAGAUGAUGAUAGACCUCUAACAUAUUUCACGAGAACGGCCAAUCUAAAAGUAUCAAAUCAAAUUCAAGAAGGAACUAGUUCAAAAAAUAAUACUAAAUCUGGGGCUAUGUCAAAAGAAGUUGAUCAUCAAAACACGAGUGUUGAUAAAGGGAAUCUAAACCAACCUGGACCUAGUGGUAUUACACGAGUGCGUUCACGAGCUAACAGUGAAGUAUCAUUUAGUGGGAAUCUAAACCAACCUGGACCUAGUGGAAUUACACGAGUGCGUUCACAAGCUAGCAGUGAAGAAGCAUUUAGUGAUCAACAUAAUUCGCCCGACAAAACAAUUUUUAUCGAGAUAGAGAAAUGGAUGGAAUCGUAUGGUUACAAAGGACCGUCUUCUGGAACUUUCAAAGUACCAAGACUGCCUGCACGAUUGCGUAACAAAGCGCAAGGAGCCUGUCAACAACGCGGUGACGAUGGAAAUCUAUCAAUUAGAGGUAGUCAAAGAUCAGCAAGUCCAGUAUCCACAAUAGCACCUAGUCAAAGAUCAGCAAGUCCAAUAUCCACAAUAGCAUCAGAUAUAAUGGAUAUUGAAAAUGAAGUAAGCGAACCACAGCCUGGAACUUCGUCAGAUGACAUAGACACGACACGAAGAAACUCGAGGGAAAGAACCAACGUAAAGAAAAAAGUAGACAAAGGCAAAUUAGUGGAUGCGCCAGUAUUUCGACCGACACCUACCGAAUUUAAAGAUCCUGUGUCAUACUUCGAAAAAAUUAUGCCACUGGCUAGUAAGUAUGGACUGUGUAAGGUAGUCGCGCCGACUGAUUUCUCGCCAACUUGCAAUAUCCAAGACACUAUUAGAUUCCUGGUGUUCAACCAGUACAUAACGCGUCUCUAUAGCCGCUGGGGUCCUGCCACCAAGGAACUCUGCACUAUACGGUCGUAUCUCGCAUCACAGAAGAUAGUGGCCCAACCUCCUCGGCUUGGAGGAAUGGAGGUGAAUCUAGCGAAGUUGUUUCACGUAGUGCGGCGUCUCGGUGGACUCAGGGCGCUCAAUAAAAAAGUAUGGAACAAAGUCGCUGAAGAAGUCCAAUGUGGAAAAAUAGCUAACCCAGAUAAGCGGUUAGAUCAACUGUAUGUGAAACAUCUGGUGCCAUAUGAGACCCUCACAAAAAGAGAACGCGUAAAUAUGUUAAAUAAAAUGGAUCAACUAUGGCUGAAAAGGAAUAGCAAAAUGGUCGAACGUGCAGCCAACCCCCUGCACCGACAGAAACGUUUGCUGGGCGAGUCAGAUUCGUCUGACGAAGAGGAUGAUGAAGAGCGCUAUCCUCAUAUGAUUAAGGCCUUGAAGGAAGCUGAAGAGUGUAUAACAAGGGGUCUGCACAUGAACCUCCAUACCUUCAAGCGAAUUGCAUACAACACAUUCAAGAAGCACUUCCCGCGUGGCGGAGCGAUUACAGAAGUAGAAGACUCCUAUUGGAGUUACGUACUACUCGGCUCCGAGCACGUGUGUGUCAACAGCGCUUCCAUUGACACCGGUCCAGAGGGCUAUGGUUUUGCCAAAAAUGAGGAUGAACCUUAUGGCAGCCAUCCCUGGAACUUAAAGACGUUAAGCAAAAACAACGGCAACGUGCUACGUCUGCUCGGGCCGGUGCUAGGUCUGACCGUUCCCACCUUACACCUCGGCAUGUUGUACUCUACGAGCUGCUGGCACCGCGACCCGCACGGCCUGCCCUGGAUGGAGUACAUGCACCAGGGCUCAUCGAAGAUAUGGUAUGGGAUAUCGGACCAGGAAAGUGAAAGGUUCAGACAAGCGGUGGAAAUCUUAUGCCCCACAUCACGCCAAAAUAAAACUUUAUGGCUCCCAUCAGACAUAACAAUGAUACCGCCUAAUUUAUUGUUGGAACAUGCUGUGUCACUCUCCCGAGUGGUUCAAAAUCCAGGAGAAUUUAUUAUUGUAUUCCCAAAGUCUUAUUCUUCUUCUAUCUGCACUGGAUACACCGUUUCAGAGAGUGUAUACUUCGCGACAAACUCUUGGGUGCACAGCAUCAACCAAGUGUUUCAAGAGUUACGCGAAAGCUGCGAGCCGUCGAUGUUCUCGCUCGAGCAGAUACUGAUCUCCGCGGCUCGGGACCCCCGCGCGUCCCUCACCAUUCUGCAGCUGGUACACGCGAAACUUGCCCAAAUUAUCGAGGAAGAGCUCGACAACCGCGCCAUUGUCGAGAGCCAUGGACUUGUGCCCCGCAUGCAUACACGCGAACAUACCUCGGGGUCCUGGAUUGUUCGCGAAGAAGAUGAAUGCGAAAUUUGCCGCACUGCACUAUAUAUAUCACGAGUGAAAGGUGUGUUCCGCAGGAAUGGAUCGUUGUGUCUCCCCCAUGCCAUACAGGUAUUGGAAGACAAAGAUAAUAAUAUAGAGAAACGUACCAUUGAUAGCUAUGAAUUUGAUGUAUUCUUCACUGUUGAAGAAUUGAACAACAUCAUAUCCACGUCGAAGAAAAGGCUACUAAAUAUAAGACAAGUAACU